UCUGUCUACAGUUUCAGCUGGUUGUUCAUGUUGAAAGUCAGUUGCUAGCAUAUUUGAUAGGCGUGAUGUCCGUCCUGAUAGAAACCUCCAAGGGGGACAUUACAGUGGAUCUAUAUACUGACGAUGCUCCUAAGGCCUGCUUAAACUUCUUGAAGCUAUGUAAGAUCAAAUACUACAAUUAUUGCUUAUUCCAUGAUGUUCAAUCAAAUUUCAUCUUACAAACUGGGGAUCCAUCGGGCACUGGCAAAGGGGGACAAUCCCUAUUCGGGCUAAUGGGCGGUCAAGAAUAUUUCGAGGAUGAAAUCAAAUCAAAUCUUAGAUUUACACGAUCAGGUUUGUUGGCGAUGGCGAACACAGGCAAGGAUACCAAUGCCUCACAGUUCUUCUUCACUGCCGGCGAUCGCCUGGACUCGAUUGAUGGAAAAUACACCAUAUUCGGCGAAGUCGUAGACGAUGAUGAUGAAAGCAUGAAAACGCUUUGGGCCAUUAACGAAGCUUAUGUGGACAGCGAGGGAAGACCUUAUCAAGAUAUCCGAAUCCGACACACAAUUGUUCUAGACGAUCCGUUCGAUGAUCCCCGCGAACUGAGAGUACCAUCUCGGUCACCAUCUCCUACACCCGAGCAGAUGCAGUCCGGACGUAUAGGAGAGAAUGCAGUGAUAGAUGAAACUGAGGGCAUGACUGAUGAGCAAAUUGAAGCAAUGAAACGAGAGAGGGAAGCAAAAGCUGGCGCCCAGAUCCUGGCGAUGAUUGGUGAUAUGCCUGAUGAAGACGUGAAACCGCCUGACAACGUACUUUUCGUUUGUAAACUCAACCCUGUCACCACUGACGAGGAUCUUGAGUUGAUCUUCAGUCGCUUCGGCACGAUUGUCAGCAACGAAAUAAUCCGAGACAGGAAGACCGGAGAUUCUUUGGGAUAUGCCUUCGUAGAGUUCGAAGAGAGGGAACAGUGUGAAGCAGCAUACUUGAAAAUGGAGAACGUACUCAUCGAUGACCGCCGCAUUCAUGUGGAUUUCAGUCAGAGUGUUUCUAAAUUAUGGCGUCAAACGGCUACUAAGUCCAUGCCCGCCGGUGCAGGCGGUGGCGUCAAGUACACCAUCAAAAGCGAUCAGAGACAGGAUGGAAAACAAUACGGUUAUGUCUUUAACGAUGACGAUCUGCAAAGAACUGCGUAUAACGAAAGUAGCCAGCGAGCUAUCGAAAAUCCAGAAAUAUCCGAGGCUAAGAAGGAUAGGAAUUCCAAGAGGACAGAAGAGAGCGCUGGAACUGCUCGGCACUCGGUGAAAGGAAGGGACCGCAGCAGGGAUAGGGGCUCUGAGAAUAAACGCAAAGAUAACCGGAGAAGCAGAAGCAGGAGUACAAGCCGGGGUAGGGGUAUGGCAAACAGAGAGAGCCGCGGAGGACAUGAUCGGAAGGGGAGGUCCGCAAUUGUUGUGCGUGCGAGAAGUAGUGAUAUGGGUACGCAUCGAGAUAAGGACAGAGACAGAGCACGGGGAAGAGAUCGCCGAGAUAGCAAAGAUCGCGGCAGACAUAGGGACACCAGGGGACGCGAGACAGAGUCAGAAAGAAACAACAGAAGUGACAGGAAACGAAAUGGACAGCUAGAGACGAGGGGGAAAGGGGGUAGACGUACUAAGCGGGAUACAGAUAGGCCAAGAUAGAAACAGAUUAACUAUCAAAGAAUCCAGGAUAUAUUUUCGAGAUGUGCUUCCUUUCGAACUGGCUCAUCCUUGGAUUUAAUAAAGGCUGCUAUACAG